AUGGAGUCAACACUUCCAAAGCUUCACCACCACAGCCUCGUCAAACUCACUCUUCUCAUCUUCACAGUCCUCCACUACCAGCUUCCACCGGUAACCACCUCCCCACUUCCCAAAGAAGCCCUGCCCACAAGAUCCGGCUACCUUAAAGUCAACUCCUCCACAGGAUCAUCCAUUUUCUACACAUAUUAUGAAGCACAAAAGCCCAUCUUUCCCCUCUCCCAAACCCCAAUUCUCAUAUGGCUUCAAGGUGGCCCUGGUUGUUCAUCUAUGCUUGGGAACUUCUAUGAACUCGGCCCGUGGCGGGUUUCUUCCAAUGUAACAGUUGAGCCGAAUCCUGGCCCCUGGAACAGAGUCUUUGGCGUUCUUUUUAUUGAUAACCCAAUUGGGGUUGGCUUUAGCAUUGCAAGCUCAGUUGAAGAAAUCCCAAGAAAUCAGCAUGAUAUUGCUAAACAUCUGUUUAUAGCAAUCAAGAAGUUCAUUAGCCUUGAUGGGUCGUACAAAACAAGGCCGGUUUAUGUUACUGGUGAGAGUUAUGCUGGAAAGUAUGUUCCAGGUUUUGGGUACUAUGCAUUGAAGAGGAAUGCCAGAUUGCCUGUUGAUAGUAGGAUCAAUUUGCAGGGUGUUGCAAUAGGGAAUGGCCUAACUGAUCCUAUCACACAAGUGGGAACUCAUGCUUUGAAUGCUUAUUAUUCAGGGCUGGUUAAUGAUAAGCAGAGGAAAGUGUUGGAGGAUCUUCAAAAAGAGGCUAUUGGGUUAACUCAAAGAGCGAAUUGGAGUGAGGCCACCAAUGCAAGAAAUAAGGUGCUGAAUAAAUUGCAGAACAUGACUGGCUUGGCGACGCUGUAUGAUUUUAGAAGGCUGAUUCCUUAUCAAGAUGAUUUAGUAGCCGAGUUUUUGAAGAAUGCAGAGGUGAGAAAGCAAUUAGGGGUGAAGGACAAUGCAGUGUUUCAAGUUUGUAGUGAUGUAGUUGGUACGGCAUUGCAUGAGGAUGUGAUGAAGAGUGUGAAGUACAUGGUUGAAUACUUGGUUAAGAAUACUAAGGUGCUGUUGUAUCAGGGGCACUGCGAUUUGAGAGACGGCGUGGUAUCAACGGAGGCAUGGGUGAAGAAGAUGAAAUGGGAGAGAAUUGGAGAGUUCUUGGAGGCUGAGAGGAAGGUUUGGAAAGUGAACAAUGAGUUAGCUGGUUAUGUGCAGAAGUUGGGGAGUUUGAGCCACGUAAUUGUCCUGGGAGCUGGACAUCUAGUGCCUACUGAUCAGGCUGUUAAUUCUCAAGCCAUGAUUGAAGAUUGGGUUCUGGAGAAGGGAUUGUUUAGCAAUGAUGGGCAGAAAGACAGAAUGGUCAUAGAUCUUUAG